AUUACUUCAGAACCAAAAUAAACAAAAUAACACAAAUAUAGAGUGUGAGAAUGAGAGGACAAAACAACAACAAGAACAGGUUCUUGAGAAUAAUCAGCAUGCCACUAAAAGUUUUGGUCAAGGCUCGUGAUCUCUACAUGCGAAGCAUCACAGGCUGCGCAGCUCGCACUCACUACUCCUCCGCUGAUGCCGUCUCCAUUCCCUUUCCGAGAAGCCGGAGCACUUCCUCAGCCUUCUCCUCCUCCGCCUCUUCGCGGAGGAGGUCUUCCGAUUUCACCUUCGAAGAUGAUUACAGCGAGCUGCUCAGAGCUGCUUCCGUUAGGAGUUUGGGUCAUAAGAACGGGAUUGACAUGUUCAUACAUCAACAGCUUCAGCAGCGGAAGGGGAAUCACGUUGCGGUUGGGGCGGUUGCGGUUGCGAAAGGUGGUUUACCGAAGAGCUCGAGCGUAGGGAUGAAAAUGGCGAAAAUUGAUGAAGAAGAUGAAGAAGAAGGAUCUGUGAAGAAUCUAAAGAAAGGAUCUGAUUUCUUAUACCCUCGUAGCAGAUCAUAUGCUGUUACAAUCAGAGGAUCCAAGUUUUAAUUUACUAUACAUGUCAAUUUUCUCAAUAUUUUUAAGAAGUAUAAAAUCAAUAUUAGUUCCUAAUUAUUUGAUGGUUAUGGAAUUAUUUAGAUGUAAAGCUUCUGUCAAUAUUUAUACCCAAAAAACAAAUUACUG